AUGGAGAAUAUCAACCUUGACAAGAAAGACCCUCGGGUCCAAAUCCAUCACCAAAAGCAACUUUCUUUCCGAAGAUCACAUUGGGCAUCAGCACUUGCCGUAGGCUUCACCCUACUCACCCUGCUAUCUAUCCAAUCUGUCUACAACAAAACCUACCACAGCAGCGGACUCGUCAUUCCCAAAUGUGGCCCAACGCCUGCUGAGGCAAAGGCUCAAGGCUGUGUUUUCAAUCCUAUAAAUUUUAGCUGGGUACCACCCGCCUGCUACGACAAAGAGCUCUUCGAUGAGAUGCUUGAAGAAGAAAUGAAGCGGGCCGGGCCAUGGAAGUGGUAUCUAGCGCCGAACUUCACGCAGGAGAUUCCUCAGGAUUGGGAGGAUCUUAGUACACAUACACAUGUCUGGACGGAACAUCGCUAUCAUGUGCUCCACUGCUUGGGGACAUGGAGGACACUUCAUCGCUCAGUCAUGAAGAACGGACUGGGCCUGGUUCCGAGUUUUAUCGAGUAUGGGCAUACGACGCAUUGUGCGCAAUUCAUCGGAGAGGCCGCAGUCAGUGAUAAGGAGAAGCCGAGACAGGAGACUGUUGUCAUGUUGUUCAAUGGAUGUGCCAGGCCUGGAGAUAGGUAA